AUGUCUUCCGCUCGCCUUCUCCGUCCCCUCGCCCGCGCCGUCGAGCGCCAGGCCUUCGCUGCUCCCAUGAGCAUGCGCACCGCCGCCAAGGUCGCCCCCUUCACGCCCUCGUACAACGGCCAGAAGUUCACCGUCGCCGAGAAGGCCGGUGCCAAGAUGCAGACGAUGCUCUACGCUGGCAUGCCCCAGCUCGUCCCCUUCUACUGGGUCAACGAGACCACCUUCGCCUUCGCCAUCAUCCCCACCUUCGUCUACUUCCUCUCCAAGUACUUCCUGCCCCAGGACCUCCGCCGCAUGGCCGCCCGUCUCUUCAUCUCCAAGCUCUAA